AUGAAACCAACACCCUCGUGGUGGUCUUUCACGGUUGUCGUACUCCUCUGCUGUCUGUUGGCCACCGUUACCAGUGGUGAAAGCUACCUCAAGCGCUGGGACACGGCGAGGGUUCCCUUUGGGGGAAUUCGCGCACUCUUGGGACUCCCAGCACGUCACAUUUCAGAAGAAGAAACAAGGGUGAAUGAUUCGUCAACAUCUAGUCCCGUCCGGUCAACCGACGCGCCAGACGAACCUGCAGCUGACAACGACGAGUUGGACACUGCUAUGACGAACGCUCCCUAUUUGACACUGGCAUUGAAGGUGCUGCUGAUGGCGAUACUUUGCUACACUCUGUGA